AUGAAGUGUCACUAUGAAGUAUUAGAAAUACCACGAAAUGCAUCUGAUGAUAAUAUAAAAAAGGCUUACAAAAGACUUGCUUUAAAAUGGCAUCCUGAUAAAAAUUUAAAUAAUCCAGAAGAAGCAAAAGAACAAUUUCAACUUAUUCAACAAGCUUGGGAAGUGUUAAGUGAUCCUAAUGAACGUACUUGGUAUGAUAAUCAUCGUGAAGCUAUUUUAAAAGGUGGUAUUGGUAAAGAUUAUAAGGAUGAUUCUAUUGAUCUUUUCCAAUAUUUUUCACCUACUUGCUUCAAAGGAUAUGGAGAUGAUGAAAAAGGAUUUUAUACAGUUUAUCGUAAUGUAUUUGAAAAAUUAACAGCUGAAGAUAUGGAAUUCACAAAAGAAGAGGAUUUUGAGGAAGUUCCAGGGUUUGGAGAUUCACAAAGUUCAUAUGAAGAAGUUGUUCAUAAUUUCUAUGCUUAUUGGCAGAGCUAUAAUACAAAAAGAUCAUUUACAUGGUUAGAUGCUUAUGAUGUAAGAGAUGCUCCCAAUAGACGAAUCGCACGUCUCAUUGGGAAAGAAAAUAAGAAAAUUCGAGAUAAAGCUAAAAAAGAAAGAAAUGAACAAAUAAGAAAUUUAAUUGCUUUUAUACGUAAACGUGAUAAACGAGUACAAGUUCAUAUAGCUAAACUUAUUGAACAUGCAAAAGAAAACUUGAAAAAAACACAAGAACAGAAAAAGCAACAAUUAUUAGAAAGACAAAAACGAUUAAAGGAACAUAAAAUAUCAGAAUGGUUAAAAUUUUCAAACAUAGAAGCCGAACUCAAAAAUAUUGAAGCUAACCUUGAUCAAGAAUUUGGUGAAGAUUUAUCUUCUGAGGAAGAUAUAAAUGAUGAAAAUGCAAUAUAUAAUAGUUCUCAAUAUUGUGUAGCUUGUAAUAAAAAAUUUAAAACAUAUAAAGCAUAUAUAAAUCAUGAAAACUCUAAAAGGCACAAAAUUAAUAUUGCAGUAAUGAAAGCAUCUAUGAUGAGAGAAGAUCAAGUCAUUUAUAAUGCAUCCAUGAUUGGAAAUUUUGAAGGAAGUGAUAUUAAUACUGACUCAAUUUCAGAAUGUGAUAAAAAAUUAGCAACAGAUUCACAAAUGCCUGACUUUUUAUUAAAUCCUAUUCAAAAUAAUAAGCAAAAUAAAAGUGAUACUGCAGAAGAAACUUCAGAAGGAGAAUUAAUAUCAGAUGAUGAAUUUGAUGAUUCCACAAAAUCAAAAGAUGUAAAAUAUUAUUCAGAAGAAUCUAAAUUUGCUAUGAAUUCUCAGAUGACUGAUGCUCUUUAUAUACCACCUGAAGUAACCAAGAAUAACAAUGAAUAUUUAACUUCUGAAGAUGAGCUUAUUUCUGAUCAGGAAGAUGAAGAAAUUAUACAACUUAAGAAACAAAAGAAGAAAAAACAAAAAAAGGGUGUUCAAAAUCCAAUAGCGGAUCAAGUUACCGAUGAAGAUACAAAUAUUAAUGAAGAUAUAUUAUUAUCGAAAAAACAACGCAAAAAGCAGCAACAAAGAAAGGCAAUGUUACAUAAAAUUGCUGAGAAUAAUCAACAAUCAUCUAAUGACAAAACAGAGGAAUGCAAAGAAGAAAUAAUCAAAGAAACAAAUAAAACUGAAUUAUUAUUUGAUAAUUUAGAAAUAAAUAGAACAAUUAAUGAAAAAUCUAAAAGUAAGAAAACUAAAAGUGUAAAAAAAAAAGAAAGAGAAUUAGAAAAAGAAAGUGGAAGUAAAAGCAGUAAGGGAUCACAAAGUAUUGAAGCUUCAAAUCUAGCACAUCGUUGUAUUACAUGUAAAGUUGACUUUCCUAGUAAAAAUAAAUUAUUUGAACAUUUGAAGAAAACAGGACAUUCUGUAUAUAUACCAAAUUCAAUCAAAAAUAAAAAAAAUUAAGAAAAGUGUGGUAAAGGCAAAGGAAACAAUGAUAAACAAAAGCCAUUAAUUGUAUUAGAUAAUUUAUGUAUUACUUGAUUCAAUUUAGUAUAAUUAGUUUGGAAAAUGUGAAAGAUAUUCAAUUAAUAAAUCUUAUAAACCAUUCUGUAUUAUUGUACUUUUUAUGUACAUUGUACAUAUUUAUAUCUUAU